GGAGGAUAAUAGUGAUCAAAUCAUGAUAAGAAAUAUGUGCUACACAUUCAUUCCUUAAACCACACAAAUUAUAUAUCAUUCUAAUUAAUUCCAUUUUAUUUAAUUCUCAUUCUACAAAAACCCAUCUUCAAAUUAAAAAGAAACCAAAAAUGGCAAGCAUGAGUAUUUCAAUGACCCCAAAAAUCUUGGUACCUAACUUGCCAAAUUUAGAAUCUCCAAAAAUAGGUAACAGUAUGGUUACAUUUAUGAGAAGAAGUCAUGGGAGUCGGCUUGUAGCGGCUCGAGCGGCGCCGGAUAAGCUGUCGCAGAAUGUAGAGAAGAGUAUUAAGGAUGCUGAAGCCGCUUGCACAGAUGACUCGGCUAGCAGCGAGUGUGCGGCGGCUUGGGAUGUUGUUGAAGAAGUAAGUGCAGCAGCUAGCCAUGCUAGGGAUAAAGCUAAUGCUACUAAUCCUAUUGAGGAAUUUUGUAAGGAUAAUCCUGAAGACGAAGAAUGUAGAAUUUAUGAUAAUUAAUUAAGUUUUUAUCAUGAGUUUUAAUUAUCUUAAGUUAUGAUAAUGGAGAUAUAUGAAUCAUAAAUAUUGGUCAUGUAAUUAUGUGAAUGUUUUCCCAGACAUCUUACCACGUCUGGUUUUUAUUGGCCGUAAUAUUUGCAUAAUUACUGGUAACCGUUAUUUAUCAACUACAAUAUUGUGUUA